CACUGAUCAUGGCGCCCACACGCAAGAAUCAGCAGCGAGUCAAGAAGAGCACGUCCAAGAAGAGCGCGCGAAAGGCUCGAGUGAAGACCCGAGCGGGAAAAUGCACCCAUUGGAUUGAAAGCGAGGAUAGAACUUGCCGAAAUCCACUCAAUCCAGCCAACAAGAAGUACUGCACUGCUCACUUGGACGAAUUGGCUCGACGCGUGACGAUGAAGCUCUCGCCGCUUGAAGCCACCGCGCUGACUCUAUUUCGCAAGUACGAUCUAACCGAAGCCAUCUAUGAUGAGACCAGUCGCCUCGUUGAAUCGGUUCUACAUGAUGCUGCGGUAAGUCGUCACCCAUCAACUGCGGAAGUCAAUGCGUGGGAGGCAAGCCAGGCAUUCCGACCAGUGAUGGACAAGCUGACUAAGUCGAUGGAGAAAUUGAACACGCAUAAGUAUUGAAGAGAUGUAAUCGUUUGAAUGAGAUAAUCUGGUUUUGCG